AUGGCUCAUAGAUUACUGGUUCAGGUGGUGUUUACGGGCGCGCGGGUGUUCGGACGCGCAUUCACAGAGGCAUACAGACAGGCGGCGGCGGCCACAACGGCCCAGCAGGCACAGGGAGCGGCCAAACAGACCACAAGGGCAAGAGACACAGACAUUUCCCUGGACGAAGCGUGCAAGAUCCUGGACGUGCAGCCGAGCGGGCUGAGUCUGGAGGCGGCGCAGAAGAAGUACGACUAUCUAUUCGACGUGAAUUCCAAGGAGAAAGGCGGCUCGUUCUACGUGCAGUCGAAGGUAUACCGUGCUAUGGAGAGAAUCAAGAACGAACUCGAACACUUGGAGAAAAACCAGCGAGCGCAGCAAUAA